AUGUCUACUACUGCGACACACAACAACAAUAAACCCCGGUCAUUCCGGGACUCGACUCCAAUCCACAUCUGCGGCCCGCAACAGAUGGAGAGACAGCAGCAGCAGCAGCAGCAGCAGCAGCAGCAGCAGCAGUGGAGUAGUACUAACAGACAGCCCGAAAAGGAGAUUAAAGUCGAUCUCAAAAUACCCAAGCAAGCAGGCAAGUCAGCUCAGCUCAGCUCAGCUGAACUCACACGCAGACAGACAGACAGUCAGUCAGUCAGUCAGACGACAAUUUGCUUUGCCUGGAAAUCUCCACUUACACUCACACUCACUGGCUCUCAUAGCUCUGGAAAUAUGUACUCUGUAGGUAUGGUUGCAUCCUACCCACGCACAUUCACGAGCACCUUGAAUCCCACGAUCGAGGCCUCAGAUCCACGAUGA